CGGUCUUGCGAACGCUGCGUGUUCUCCACCACUUGUUCUCUGCUGGAGCCGUGUGCUUCACCGUCCAAGAGUCAGCUGUGUGUGCCCCGAAGAUCGCAAGCCAGCCGGCGAUCGUGUCUUUGGUUCUUUGAUCAUAUGGUGCUAACAGUGCAGUGAAGCCGAUCUCCGUGUAGUUACUUCUGUCCAGUGGCCACUGGAAGUGAAAAAGGAAGCAGCACAGUUCAAGCGAAAUACCGAGCGAAUACCGGAACACCAAACACCAUGCCAGAAAAACGUGUCAGCCAGGCGCGGAUCGUGCGGACGUACGAGUUCCCGACCAAGCCGGAAAAGCAAACCCUCGGACAGUAUCUGUACAACUCGCAGGAUGGCAAAAUUUUGGGCAGGACAGCGAAAAACUGGGCACAACUUAUGAUCUUCUAUGCCGCCUUCUACACCGUGCUGGCGGCACUGUUCGCAAUCUGCAUGCAGGGUCUGCUGGUGACGCUGAACCAUCAGUAUCCCAAGUGGCAGCUGGACGAGUCCCGCAUCGGUUCCAAUCCCGGUCUCAGCUAUCGUCCCCGGCUGGAAGAUUCGGAGAUCUCCUCCAUCGAGUACACGGCGGCCAACAAAACAUCCGUCGGCGAGUGGGUCGGUCAGAUUAACGCGUUUCUGGAACCCUACGUCGAUAACACGAAGCUACCCGGAGGUGGUAAGAACCAGGCGAUAUGCGACUUCAACACACCACCAAAGCCUGGCCAAGUGUGCGCGUUCGAUGUGAAAAAUCUGGGUGAAUGCUCGGCAGCCGAAGGCUAUGGUUACAACAAGUCAGCACCGUGCAUCUUCAUCAAGCUAAAUCGGAUCUACGGUUGGGUGCCGCAGUUCUACGAGGACGUGGACGAUCUGCCCGCCGACAUGCCCGAAGACCUUACCUCCCACAUCCGAUCGCUGAAUCCGGCCGAUCGUAAACAGGUGUGGAUUUCGUGCAAGGAGCUUACCAACGCCGAGGAUGAUCUGCUAGGACCGGUCCAGUACUAUCCGACCCGAGGUUUCCCCAGCUAUUACUACCCGUACAUGAACGUCGAAGGCUACCUGAGCCCCCUGGUGGCGGUACAUCUGGCGAGACCUAUACCACGUCGGCCCAUCAGCAUCGAGUGCCGCGCCUGGGCAAAGAACAUUAUCUACCGCGGUGGCAUGCGUGAUCGGCUGGGGUCGCUUCACUUAACUCUGCACAUCGAAUAGAUAGCAUUGCGCCUCAGAAGCCAUCCCCCCAAGUAUGGGUGCACGGGAGUACCCGGGUAUCGUCUCGUUCGCGAUUUCCGUGGACGCCCACCGGUGGUCAGUGUACGGCCGGUACUUGCUGGACGAGAGAGGAUUAAUACGAGCGCAUUGGACGCAAGGGGCUAGAGCGCGAGGACACCAACAAAGACAAUUUUAAACAGCGGAAACAACGAAACAACAAAAAACCACCCCUUACGUCACGAGCUGCUAUGAAGCUAUGAAGAGUUUACUUAAAGAAGAAUUGAGAUUUACACAAACGUUUUUUUUAGGGAGAAUUAAUUGAAGAAAAUAAACUAUUUACGUUUAACUUAUACGAACACGCCCGGUGUGUCGGUAUUUUUCCGUUGCGAAAGUAUUUCGUUUCCUCCCUUACGCCAAUAAUUGGAGACGAUCCUUAAUAAUCUGUUGCGAGCCUCAGCCAGGUCGGUCUCUGUUUUAACUGCGAUUUUUAAUUUUGUAGACGAUUAAGAACAAUAUCGCGAACAACGUACAGAGAUGAUUUUUAACGCACUUAGAGUUUAAACAUUUAAAGUGUUGGAGAAUUUUACAUGAAUAGCUUUAAAAAACGUACUUCCCGCAAGCGAACCGAUCGUUUCCUCCAGAAACACAACUUGUAGAUGCUACCCGAAGAUGAAUAGAAAUCAAGUACGAGGACAAGCGAACGCGUAGAGCAAAGAACUAUUUAAUCGUCCCUAAUGACUAAGGGUUCCCACCAGUCUCAGUUCACCGAAGUCAGUGGCGUUAAAGUAUGCUAAAGUUUAGUGAAAGUAUAAUUACGUCGUUAGUUCAAUUGUUUCAAUUGGUUUGAGGGUUGUUUUAUUCGGUUUAGUUUUUGAUAGGCGAAUUCUAGGAGAUUGGAAAUAGAUAUUGUGUCGACACCGUA